AAGGGAUUAUUGACAUACGCAUGCACUUAUUUUCUCUUUAGUUCUAGUAAUUCUGAAUUAAUUAGAUCCUUGAUGCAAUUUUUUUUUUCCAAAAUUUUAAAGUUACUAUUAAAGAAUAGUUAAAAAAAGCCACUCUCUUUAAUUUUUUUUUGCAAAUGAAGAUUUUCGACUAAUUUUAAACCAUGGCGGGAGAAGGAAGUAAACCGAUGGCUACGAAAGAUGAUGCAUAUGCAUACCUUAGGACUGUGAAGAAUAAAUUUCAUAAUGAACGUGAUAAAUAUGACGAUUUUGUAGCAAUCAUGAACAAAUUCAAAGCUCGGAAACUUGAUAGGAAUGCUUGCAUAGAAGAGGUAAAGGAUUUGCUUAAAGGACAUCGAGACUUGAUUUCGGGUUUCAAUGUAUUCUUGCCAAAAUGUUUGGAGAUCGCUGAUUGGUACAACUUAGAGGGUAGGUGAUCGAUGUAUGUAGCCUCUCUCUGGUUCAUGAUAUUCUUCUUAAUAAGUAGAAUCUGCUUUGUGAUUCGUUCUCUUUCUUUCAUUAUAUAUGGACUCAUCAUGUAAUAUAUAUUGGAUUUAGC